AUGUGGCCGUCUUCUAUCUAUGUACAAAUCUUUCCAGAAACCGACAAAUGUGUCAGAGCGCUGAAUGAAUACCUUGAGAGUGGCCAACUCACCGCUGACUUACAAAUGGAGUUUAAGAAAAUUGGGUACCAUGGCCCUUUGCAAGUGUAUGCCCGAUCAAUAGACCAGCUUACAAAAGAGUUGGCAGAGAUAGUGGAAGAAGCUAUGGACGUCUUUGUUUUGUCAGAAUCUUGUGAUCAAACAGGAGAGACAGACAAAGUGGUAGGGCAAAGACACAAUAAAGAUGUUCUUGAAGGCAAAGACACAAUAACCUACGAGGAACUUAGAGACGCCUGGAGAGAUGCGCUGUUAAGGAUAACAGCCUGGACAGGUGAUGAAGACAAGGUGAAGACCCUGCUACAGGCAGGUGUACAGGUGAACACAGAGAACUCUGAGGGAGAAACACCACUAUUGGUGGCGGUUCAAGGCGGAAAUGCAGAGAUGGUGAGCAUCCUGACACAAGCGGGGGCUGACUUGGACAAGGCAGAUGAUGAGGGGAGAACUGCACUGUGGAGGGCAGCUCUGAUGGGACAUGUAGAGAUCGUGAGCGUCUUGACACGAGCAGGAGCCAACUUGAACAAGGCAAAUAAAGAAGGAAAGACUCCACUGAAGGCGGCGGCUAAGAGAGGACAUACAGAGGCCGUGAGCAGCUUGAUACAAGCGGGUGCUUAUUUGAAGACGGCAGCAGACUUUGGAAGGACUCCACUGUGGGUUGCGGCUAAGAGAGGACAUGCAGACGUUGUGAGCAUCUUGGCACAAGCGGGGGCGGACUUAAACAAGGCAGAUCUAAACAUGAAGACUCCAUUGGAGGCGGCGGCGGAGAGCGGACAUGCAGAGGCCGUGAGCACCUUGAUACAAGCAGGAGCUAACUUGAACAAGGCAGGUGGCUGUGGAAGAACUCCGCUGUUUGUACCAGCUGAGAAAGGACAUGCAGAGAUUGUGAUGGCCUUGAUACAAGCAGGAAUUGACUUGAACAGGGCAGAUGAGAGGGGAGGGACUCCAAUAUCAGUGGCAGCUGGGAAUGGACAUGUAGAGGUCGUGAGAAUCUUGAUACAAGCGGGGGCCGAAUUGAACAAAGCAAACAGCAUGGGAAGGACUCCACUGUGGUUGGCAGCUGAUAAUGGACAUGUAGAGGUCGUGAGCAUAUUGACAAAAGCGGGGGCGGACUUGAACAUGGCAGACGAUUCUAGAAGUACUCCACUCUCCAGGACUGCUGGGAAAGGAAGUGCAGAGAUUGUAAGCAUCUUGGCACAAGCGGGGGCAGACUUGAACAUGGCAGACAAUGUGGGAUGGACUCCACUGGGGACGGCGGCUGGGAGUGGACAUGUACAGAUG